AUGGCGGUCAUUGACGAGGACAAGUUCUCUAGUAUAUCUUGGCACAGCGAUCAUAAAAUGACCGGCGACGAGAGCUCUAGUGUGGUGACGCCGGCGUUAGAAGCAGAGCCGCCGACCGAGGAGGAUCAGCACCAUGGCGAAGACCUGGAGCGCCAGGACCCCGGCUUGACCGGCGACAUACUCGAGUGCACAGUGUCCGAGCCACAUAAGGAAAGCGAGAACACCAAGGACGCCUUUGUAUCAUACCUCGUUACCACGAAUUCAACGUUCCCUUCCUUCCAGAAACCAACCUUUACCUCCCGGCGCCGCUUCACAGACUUCCUCUUCCUCUACAAGUCACUAUCAAAAGAAUACCCAGCAUGCGCAGUCCCGCCGCUGCCGGACAAGCAGCGAAUGGAAUAUGUACGAGGAGAUCGUUUCGGAUCCGACUUCACGAACCGCCGGGCCUUUUCCCUCCAGCGCUUCCUCGCCCGAAUUGCCAUGCACCCGAUCCUCCGCCGAGCGCCUAUUCUACACACCUUUCUCGAAUCGACUGAAUGGAACGCCACGAUGAGGUCGCGCGCCUCUAGGAUGAGCGUGACCUCGGAGCAGGGAAGUGGAGGCGUAUUCGACAACUUUGCCGACACAUUUAUCAACGCCUUCACCAAGGUCCAUAAGCACGACAAGCGGUUUAUCGAGGUGCGCGAGAAGAGUGACAAGCUGGACGAGGACCUGGGUCACGUUGAGAAGGUCGUAGCACGGGUCGCGCGGCGAGAAGCCGACCUCGAGACCGACCUGAGAGACCUGACAGAGCAGUUUCAGAAGCUUAUCACGCUUGAGCCAGGCGUUGAAAAUGCCGUCCACGGGUUCGCCGCCAGCGUCGAGGACACUGCGGCGGGGCUCAGGAGGCUUCGCGAACAUACGGAUCAGGACUAUCUGGGCAGCUUACGGGACAUGCAGGCGUACGGGCAGGCGCUCAAGAACCUCCUCAAGGCGCGCGAGCAGAAGCAGCUGGACCACGAGCAGCUGACCGAGUACCUCAACAAGUCGACGCUGGACCGCGACUCGCUGGCAUCGGGCUACGGCAACACGGGGGCGCUCGGCGGGGCAGGCGGCUUCAUCCGGUCCAAGAUCGAGGACGUACGCGGCGUGGACCACGAGGCGAGUCGGCGCGAGCGCCUACGCAAGCUCGAGAUCCGCAUCGACGAGCUGACGACCGAGGCUGAGCGCGCCAAAAAGACAUCCGAGAUGUUCGACGAGGAGGUCGUGAAGGAGGUUGUAGACUUUGAGCGCAUCAAGCGCAUAGAGCUCAAGCACCAGUUUGGCGGCCUCGCCAAUGCCCACGUGGACUUUUACACCGGAACGAUCGACGUCUGGCAGCAGUACGUCCGCGAGAUGGAGAAGGAAGGGUUGAGCGCGUCGGCUUUCACUGGUUGA